AUGACAGCCGACGAGUCCAGUGUGCGUGUAGCCGUACGGAUUCGUCCGCAGACAUCAGCAGAAGUCCUAGAAGGGUGCGGGAUAUGCGCACGGGCUAAUGGUGCAGCAGGCGAGGGUGGGGUUUCCCUAGGAUCAGAACGCGCUUUCACCUUCGACUUCGCGUUUGAACCCACAUCGUGCCAGCAACAUGUUUACGACACCUCUGUCCGAAAGCUGGUGGAGGCAGCUCUGGAUGGAUACAACGCAACAGUACUCGCGUAUGGACAGACGGGCUCCGGCAAGACAUACACGAUGGGUAGCGGUUGGGAAGGCGAAGGUGACGGAGAUGAGGACAGACGCGGCAUCAUCCCUCGUGCAAUCCGAGAUCUAUUCGCCGGCGCAGAAGCAAGAGCUGAAGCAGCGCGUGCUCAGGGUCAACUACCGCCAGAAUUCUCUGUGCAAACCCAGUUCAUAGAGCUUUAUAAUGAAGAUAUUGUAGAUCUGCUCGAUCCUGCUAAAGAUCCUUUUGCUAAGGGUGCCUUAAGAAUAACAGAAGAUGGAUGCGGUGGAGUACGUGUUGUUGGAGCAUCGAUGCGAGCAGUCCGCGGAGCGAGAGAAGCCCUUGGAGCAUUACGAGCCGGUGCCUUAGCCAGAACAACCGCAGCCACUAACAUGAACUCGUCCUCUUCACGAUCACACGCUGUCUUUACUCUUCUACUAAGACAAAGAAGGCUGGCGCCAGACCAAGAAGUAGUGGAUAAGGAAGCGGAAACAGAUACACCUGAACAAUAUGAAACGUUGACGGCGAAGUUCCACUUUGUCGAUCUAGCUGGGUCGGAGAGGUUAAAACGCACAGGUGCAACGGGUGAACGCGCAAAGGAAGGCAUCUCAAUAAACUGUGGCUUACUAGCAUUGGGCAACGUUAUAUCGGCCCUGGGCGAUAGGUCCCGCAAAGUGCUUCACGUUCCUUAUCGGGAUUCAAAACUGACCAGGCUCCUCCAAGACUCUUUAGGAGGAAACAGCAAUACCGUCAUGAUCGCCUGUGUCUCUCCUAGCGAUAGAGAUUUCAUGGAGACUCUGAACACUUUGAAGUAUGCCAACAGGGCGAGGAACAUCAAGAAUAGGUGUAUCGUAAACCAGGAUCUCACUUCUAGGACAAUACAUCAAUUGAGGCAGGAGGUUGCAAGGUUGCAGUUGGAAUUGACUGAAUACAAACAGGGUAAACGAAUCGUAUCAGAGAAUGGCGAAGAAGGCUGGAGCGACGUUGUUCAAGAGAACGCUAUCCUCACGGCCGAGUGUGAAGCCCUACGUCGAAGAGUAAAAGCCAUGCAGGGCACUAUAGAACAGUUAUCGGCGAGGAAUAGUGAACUGUUGGCAGAGAAAGCGUUAGGAAACUUCGCGCCGAAAGACGGAAGUCCUGAUGCGAAUGACUGUUCGCUCACGUCAUUAGUACAGGGUUAUGUAAGCGAGAUAGAAGAUCUGAGAGCUCAAUUGAUGGAAUCGAACGCAAUGUACGAAGCGAGCAGACGACGUGAAGCUACUGUAGCGAGAACCCGCCACGACUCCGUGUCCGACCCGACGGCCGUCAUUGACGAUGCGAAGCGAGAAUUAUAUAAGGAAAAAGAAUUGCUUGCACGCAGUAUGGGUGAACUAGAAUUCCAACGCAAACUGAACAUGAGUGAAAGUAUGACAAGCGCUGUAGACGACCGACCAAUAGGAGAGAGAGAGAGGGCUGAAGGAGAGAGUGCCGAAGACUCAGAACCGUCCGAAGGAGAAGGGGUGGGCAGUGACUCGGAAGAUGAGGACUCGGAGACUAAAGGUCAACGUGUUCUCUCAGCGCAACUAGCAACCUUGAGCGAAGACAUCGACACCAAAUCUCGGUUGAUCGAACAGCUGGAGCUAUCACAGCGUCGUCUGACCGCUCUCCGCACACACUACGAACAGAGACUGGACACACUACAUCAUCAGAUAAAAGCCACAAAUGAGGAAAGGGACAAAGUGCUUGCCUCGCUUACUACCCAAGCUUCCCCUCCGACGGAGAAACUAAAGCGCGUGAAGGAAGAGUACGAGCGUCGCGUGUCAGCCAUGUCGCGUGAACUGAAGCGGUUGCAGGCGGCACAACGUGAACACACACGCCUGCAACGCUCGCAGCAACACACCGCGCAACAGAUCAACACGCUGCGCAACGAGCUGCACAACAUGAAGAGGGACAAGGUAAAACUAGUACAACGCAUGCGAGAUGAAGCUAAACGACAUGCACAAUCCGAAGCGGCAAGAGCAAAAGAGGUGGCACAACUUCGUAAGGAAUCUCGUAAAAAUGCCAACUUAAUCAGGUCACUAGAAGCCGAAACAAAGAUGAAAGAAGCAGUUUUGCGACGUAAACAGGAGGAGGUAUCAUUGUUGAGGCGAGGGUAUCGCGACAAACUCAGCAGUAAAGCGGCGGGCAGAGUGCAAGAGCGUGCGCGAGCCCGCAAGCUGGGCGCGUACCGCGAGGCGUGGGCGCGCCUGCAGUGCUGGGUGUCGCGGGCCGUGGCGGCGCGCAGCACGGCGGCGGAGCUGGAGGCGGCGCUCGAGCACCUGCUGCGCCAGCGCGAGCGCGCGCGCCUGCCCGACGCCGAGCCCGACGCGCACCACCUGCGCGCCUACCUGCGCGACGCCAUCGCCGACACGCAGGCGCAGAUCAUGCAGAUCGAGGAGGAAAAUGACGAAAAUGAAUUACCCCGUCUACUAGACAACAUCGAAGCUGCUAGUGCAGGUCGGUACGCGUUGGAACGGCUCGCCGCCCUAACGCUACAACACGCUCAAGAUGCUGCGAGACAUCUCAAAAUGUUGGAAGACACGCGCACACAACUCAAAGAGCUGGAAGAGAGCAGCGCGCGCACGGCGAGCGCUCUGCGCGCGGCGGGUGACCACAACCUGAACGCGUGGGGCGCCACCACCGCCGCGCUGUGGGCGCACGUGUCCUCCGGCACCUCCACGCGCUCCGUGUCGCCCGUCGACCCCGACCUGCACCACAAUGCUGUCAACAAUACAGUAGAAUCACGACCACCGAAUGGUAUUCGGGAGUCGAACACGGCCCCAGCCUCGCCGCCAGAUGACAACGUCAAUAAUUCGCCCUUCCAAAGAAACAUCGUUCGUAGGGGUUCAGUACGUCUCCGUGACCUGGGCGUGUACAGUCGCGAAGAGAACAACGACCCCAUGACCCAGUCCAUGAUAGAGCCCACGUCUCCCCACCCCGUGCCUCUCAGCCGCGUGCCGAGCGCGCCCGGCAGUCUCAGAGGGCUCCAGCCAGUGUCGGUGACGAGCGGAGUGCUGGCGUCCCCGGUGGCAGUCCGACGCCCGCCCCCGCCCCCGGAGAGCCCACGGCCGCCGCGACGACACCACAACCUUUCGAAACCUGCCUCCUUCCUGCUGACUGAGCUCUCCAUAGUCGAGGACUGA